CAUUCGCAGAGAAUCAAGAAUUUCAGAGAAAAAUGAGUGAAUUGAAGUUGAGUCAUGAAUUGGAACCCCAAAUGAUCGAAAAUGUUGACGCUAUUCAACGAUCGACCCACAACUUGUCCUUCCUCCACCUCAACCAUAACAACACCCUCCCACUUUGCACCAACUGCGGCUGCUUUGGAACCCCACCUCCUCUUCCACCGUCACCAUCAACGGACCUCCACCAUAACCCCAUGAAGCGCCGGUCUCCUGAGCUCGCUACUCCUUCCACCGGGAUCGCCACAGUCACUGACCCGCGAGAACCCAGAACCAAGAAGCUCUUUCUGGACAAACAACAAACACAUUCUGGGCAAGAAAACUCCAACCUUCUUGGCUUCACCAGGAUUUCUCUUCCGGACACCAGUCCCUCCGCCAAGACCCAUUCUUUCCCUGUUCUUCGUCGCUGUGCCUCCGAUCCUUAUUGUCCACCGCAAUCUCCACCGGAGAAUGCUAAGCCUGUGGAUGGCAAUGCUUUGUUGCCACCGUUGCCGCCCUCACUGCGGAGGUCCGUGUCUGACCCUAUGCCUUCCCCUGCUAAGAGCCUUUCAAGGUCAUCAAGCUCAAAUGAGAUGGGUGUGGAGCGGAGCCCCAAUUCAAUGAGGAUGAAGAGGAUGAAAGAAGGGUUGAAGGAGAUGACAAUAUGGUGUGAAGAACUAUUGCAUGAAGAAGAGGAAGAAGCAACCGCUGAAAAAAACAGUUACAGUAAUGCUGCGAAGGUUGAUUGUGGGGCAGAAUUUUCUGAAGCUGUGAAUGUGGAGAGAACAGGGGACUGCCUCACUAUUAACUUCAAGUGUCCCUGUGGCAAUGGCUAUCAGAUUCUUCUCUCCGGAAGCAGCUGUUAUUACAAACUCAUCUAGAGUACCAAUUAAAGCCUACUUUGUCUAAAAUGCUUACUGUUUGUAGAUUUUUAGACAUGUAAAUUCAAUUUGUUUUUGUAGAUUUUCAUAUAGCAUGGACCAUCCUUAGGCUUUUCCUCAUCUUCUUUGUAGUUUGUUCAUGCUAACCUUUUUCAGGAUAGACUAUGUGAAUAUUAGUGGUACUGUUCUUAUCA